AUGGGAUCGAAUAAAAGUGCAUUAUUGUCGGAGGACGAUGUACAAAUUAUUUGUCAAGAAACAGGGUUUACACCGAAAGAACUUCAACGUUUGUAUGCUCGUUUUCAAGAGCUAGAAAAAAAGGAUCCGCCACUCGGAUAUCUCACUCGUGAAGAGCUUCUAAAUAUACGUGAAGUUGCAGUGAAUCCAUUAGGUGAACGUCUUAUUGAUGUUCUUUUACAAGAUCAUGGUGAAACCAAUAAAAUCAAUUUUCGUCAAUUUGCUAAUAUAUUUGCUCUAUUUCGACGUGAUAAAGCACCAACUAAUUUGCAUAAAAGAGAGAAAAAACUAUUAUUCCUAUUUAAUUUGUAUGAUCGUAAUCAUGAUUCAAAUAUCGAUCGCAGUGAACUAAUUGAAAUUCUUAAAUUGAUGGUAGGUGGAAAUGUUAAUGAUGAACAAAUAUCAACUAUUGCCGAUCAUACUAUUGGAGAACUGGAUGUUGAUGGAAAUUUAAAAAUAACAUUUGAAGAAUUCUGUGGCACAUUAUCAAAAAUUCAUAUUGAUGAAAAAAUGUCAAUGAAAUUUCCCAGUUAA